CGAGUCGAUGGGAAAUACCUAAGAAAAAUGAAUAAUUAUAAAGGAGUGGUGGAGGAAAAUUAUUUAUACCUUUAUUACUUUGUAAUAAGGAAGGUUGGACUUCCACUAAGCGUAAAUAUGGAGAAACAGAGACACUCGGAAGACAAGGUUGUAGAGAUAAGGUGCCCUAAAAGAAAGAGGCCUCAAGUUAGGGAUGGAUGUAGCGCCCGUGUUCAUUUUCAAUGGGAUGCUAAUAAGGACGGAUUUGUGGUGUAUGAAUUCGUAGGAGCCCAGAGUCAUGAUUUGCACUCAACAGAGCAUAAGCACCUGCACAAGUCCAACAAGUGCAUGAGUGAUGCUCAGAGAAAGAUGGUCGAAGCUAAUCGCAAUGUCGGGAUGAGUCUUCGUGCAUCGUAUGAGCUCUUAGCUGAUUGUGCCGGUGGGUAUCAAAAUCUAACUUUUACCAAAUCCGAUUAGAAGAACCACUUGAAUAGUAAAUGACAAAAGAAAAUGGUAUGUGGCGAAGUGAAUUAUUUUCUUGACUACUUUGAGGACCAAAAGGAGAAUCAUCCCGACUUCUUUUAUGCUGUAAAGGUAGAUAGCGAAGAGAAAGUUAUUAAUAUUUUUUGGGCGGAUAGUAGGAUGCGUGAAGAUUUUGCGCUUUUUGGAGACUCAGUCUCCUUUGAUACGACCUUCCGAACCAAUAAAUACUUCCUUCCACUGGGUACGUGAAUCACGUAAUUCCCUUGAGUUUUUUAGACACUUGUUCGAUUAUACAUUGUCAUAACAUGGUUGUCUUGUGCAGUGAUGUUUGUAGGUUUCAAUCACCACCGUCAACUUGUGUGUUUGGUGCCUGCUUGUUGUAUGAAGAGACCACUCCUUCUUUUGAGUGGUUGUUUUUUGCAUUUAGUUGGUGCAUGAAGAAGUUCCCAAUCAACAUCUUUACCGAUUAGGACACUGCCAUGGCAGCUGCCUUGAGAAAAAAGUGGCCUAAUGUGUUUCAUGCGCUCUGUACUUGGCACAUCCUAAUGAAUGCCAAGAAGCAUAUUCGUAAGGACAAGGAAUUUUGGAAGAAGUUCCAAAAUCAUCUUUCUUUUAUUUUCUACGACGUCGACAAUGAGGUAGAGUUCGACAUGGCAUGGAGAGUCAUGGUUGUUGAAUGUUUCCCUAAUAGUGACAUUGCGGACGACCACCCAUGGUUGGAAUAUUUGAAGAAAUUUUGUCAUUGAUGGUAUUUCUUAUGGUUGAGAGAUCAAUUCACACCCAGGAUGUUGUCUACGCAAGCAAGUGAGUCAUGCAAUACACAAGUGCGACUUUUCUUGAAACUGAAGCAUGAUUUGGACUUGUUUUUCUUUCACUUUAGCAGGUACGUAAGCAGAUAUUACUUUGCCAUUGUUGGAUAUUAUUGCGCCAGGUUUGGAUAUUUUUUGUUUCACCUGGAUAUUCUUAUGCGAUGGUCAAAUAUUACUUUGUGUUGGUAGGAUAUUAGUGUUGUUUUAGUGGGUAUUAGUCUGGGCACUGAACUUUUUUGUUUUGCUUCCUAAUAGUAGUUUGUUGGCUGAAAAAAGACGCCAAGAGACUGAGUCAGCCUACAAUGGAAACAAUUGGUUCCCUAUAUAAUGUUGGAGCAUAGCUCGAUCCUCCAACAUGCGGCAAAGAUCUUUACGCCUAACAUCUUCAACCGGAUACAGGAGCAGUAUUUGAAAACUGGAUCCUAUCAAAUGGAGACGCAGUCAGAUACUAGGGAUGAUGGCAUGAUAGGCUACCUCACCUAUGAGAUGUAGUGGUGAGCGUAGUGAUGAGUGUGUCGUUCUCAUUAAUAUUUCUACAAGGACACUGGUAUGCGAAUGCAGGAUGUUCAGAACUUUCGGAGUGUUAUGUCGCCACAUGUUUAAGGUGAUGCAUUUGCUUGGAAAUUUUGGGAAUGCUAGUAUGAGAAGUAUUUCAGAGCAUUACCUACUCAAGCGAUGGACGUUGGAAGUGAGAAAGAAAGAGGUUGUUGAUGUCGAUUAUUCAUUUGGUCCUUCAGCUGCCUUUAGUGAGAAUGAUGUGGGAAAAGGUAUAGCAAUGCGGUACAGAUAAACCACUGCAAUGUUGAAUCACCUAGCAACGAAGUUGUCGAUGGUUGGUGAGAAAGACUACAACAAGUGGAUGGGAGCACUAAAAAAAGUGUGCAAUGAGGCAAAUAAGGCAUUGUCAAAGACUAUAACUAGCGAGGACAGUAAGUUUAUUCACUAAUAUCGUUUGUACAUUUUUAGAGUUUAAUAUAAUUGCAUGCACUAGUAAAUUCUCUGACAUUGUAGGACAGUCUGUACCAAUAAGUGGGAUGACUUUGAAGGAGAAGAGUAAUUCAAUGAGCCACGACAAUGAAUGUUAUCAGUCUGA